AUUGCUUUCAAAUGACUUCAUUUGGGGCAACAAAUGUAGUUCGGAAAAAUUUUAUGCCAACUUUCAAGAUACAAGGGCAAAUAUAUCACAGAGCAGGUUCACUGUUACCAGUGUCAGAUAGCGACAACAAAUUCCUGCAAAUUUAUUUUAUGGGCAAUUCACCACAAGAAAUUGAUCUGCGUUGUGCACAUAACAAUUUAGUAAAGAGGUCUAUUAUAGAACAAUUACAAACUUUAUUUCAUCAACACAAUCAAUUGAUUAUAUUGUUUAAAACUGCCCUGGAUCUGAUGCCAUCCGAUAAUCACAAAAUUGUAAUCAGAGCUGAUAAAACACCUGCAGGUCAACAUACAAGACGUUUUAAUGCACCAACUAUUGAUGAAGUUGCUAUCGUUGUAGUUGGAGAAAACUUGGAAUCCCGUGAUAUUGUUUUACAUCGUCGGAAUGAUCAAUUACAACGUAUAAAGGAAACACACCGCUCAUAUGAUGCACUGCAAUAUCCCAUUAUAUUUUGGCAAGGUGAAGAUGGCUACGAUUUCUCAACAAAAAUGAUAAAUCCCAUUACAGGUUCUGAAACCAACAAAAAAGUCAGUUCAAUGAACUAUUAUUCAUACCAUGCGAUUAAUACUGAUGGAAAUGCACAGAAUGUCGGUCGGAUGACUAUUCUUCCAGCAACAUACAUCGGAAGCCCUCGGCAUAUGCACGAAUAUGCUCAAGAUGCCAUGUCGUAUAUUCGUCAUUAUGGUACAGCAGAUUUGUUCAUCACAUUUACAUGCAAUCCGCAAUGGAUAGAAAUCAAGCAGGAGUUAUUCUCUGGGCAAUCACCCAUUGAUCGUCAUGAUAUUACAGCCAGAGUCUUUAGACAAAAGUUGAAAUCAUUAAUGGAUUUCAUCGUAAAACAUAAUGUGUUUGGUGAGACACGCUGCUGGAUGUAUUCUAUGGAGUGGCAGAAACGAGGAUUGCCACAUGCACGUUGA